GAUGGACGAUCAUUACUUUUAUAUUCUUUGGAGUAUUAUUCGCCGGUCCAGUGUGCUACCUCCAGAUUCUCCAAGGUGCUCGAUCUAAAUCGGCAGUGUUGCUAAACUGCAAAUCCAAUUUUCCUUUGUUAUCUGUUGGCGGAAUCAGUUCAAUCACAGCAAACAUAUUCAGAGGAAUCUUAAAUGGUGUCUAUAUUACCUACGCUCUAUCGUUCAUACUGUUCUCUUUGUAUAACUGCGAUGGCAAAAUUUGCGUUGGUUCGCAUUAUAUAUGGGGCUCAUGCCAUAACGAAUGGAGUGAAGGAAAUUGGGAUACGAAGUCGUUUCUGCUGGGCCAAUCGCGGAGGAAAUGUUUUUCAUGUGAGUUCUCACGAUAUUUUUUCUGUUACAAGUUAUUUCUCUUGACCCACUUAUACGCCACUGUUCGUACACUAUAA